AUGGCUGGCUGGCUGCGGGAGUGCCGGGCGGAAAGUGGCGCCCAGACGGGAGCCCUGGUCGAGGGCUGCUUCUUGCUCAGCCGAACCCGGGAGGAGCGGAGGCGGCGGCAGAUGCAGGAGCCUUUGAAGCCAGUGGUCUUGGAAAUGUCUGAAGUGAGAGAUCUCUCCAGUCCAUCUAUGCAGCAGCCAUGGGGAAGCAUCUCUGAGGAGGAAGAGCAAAAUCCUCUUUGUGGUAGUACGUCGUGUGAGAAAAGGAGCGUUUCCUCUCUUGGAAAACUCACCUUUGGGGGUAUUGGAAAUCUAGAAGGAGACUUUCUGGGACUUCUGCUGAGGAACAUAUCCUUUGACUUUCAGGGUUUGGUAUCCUUUGAGGAGGUGGCUGUGUAUUUUACAGAGGAAGAGUGGGCGCUGCUGGAUCCCAGCCAGAGAGCCUUACACGGGGAAGUCAUGCUGGAGAAUGCUAGGAAUGUAGCCGCUCUGGCUUACGGGCUGGAGCGUGAGAACUACAAGGAGCAAAUGAUCAAGUCUGAAGAAGAGACGCUUGUUAAUCCAGAACCAUCACGAGGGAUUAAGAAAAGCCGUAAAGCGAGUGGAGAGAAGGAAUCUCCCGGAUACAAUGAAGUCCUUUAUCUCCCAACCCAAGAAGUUCACCAUCAAGAAGAAGAGGGGAAAUAUCUCAUAUGUGGCACAGGAGACAAAUAUUUCACUAAAUAUUCUACAACCGAGACCGAAGAGCAACAGUAUGAAUAUCAAGAGGAUAGACAAAGUAUCAGUUCUACCUCCUGCCUUGCUUUACAUUGCCCAUCGUACGCCCAAGAGACACCCUGUGCAUUUAUAAAUUGUGGGGAAGAUUUCAGUUUCAGCCAGCAUAUAAUUUCUCAUCCAGAGGGGAAACCAUCUGAGCAUCGAAUGGAUUUCAGUAAGAAACAGCUACUUAUUUUACCUCCAAAGGAGAAACCCUAUAAAUGCCUUCAGUGUGGAAAGACGUUCGCUCAGAGAGGUAACCUUACCAUACACGAAAGAAUCCACACGGGGGAGAAACCGUAUAAAUGUCUGGACUGUGGGAAGACUUUCGCUGAGAGAACUAACCUUGUCACCCACAAAAGGAUCCAUACCGGGGAGAAGCCAUAUAUAUGCCUGCUGUGUGGAAGGCGAUUCAAUCAGAGCGGUCACCUUACGAGACAUCACCGAACCCACACAGGGGAGAAACCGUAUACGUGCUUGCAGUGUGGGAAGAAGUUCAGUGGACGUUCCACUCUUGUGAAGCACGAAAGAAGCCACACGGAGGAGAAACCGUAUAUGUGUACGGAGUGCGGGAAGAGCUUCCAUGACCUCGGCGUCCUGGAUUACCACAAAAAGAUCCACACGGGAGAAAAACCGUUUCAGUGCGCGGAGUGUGGAAAGAGCUUCAGGCGAAACGGUCACCUCGCGAAACAUAGAAGAAUUCACACGGGGGAGAAACCGUACCACUGUUCGGAGUGUGGGAAGAACUUCCAUCUGAAAAGCAGCCUUUUGCAACAUAAAACCAUCCACACGGGGGAAAGGCCCUACCGGUGCUCCGAAUGCGGGAAAGGCUUCAGUCAGAACAGCACUCUUUUCCAACACAAAGCCAUUCACACGGGCGAGAAACCUUAUAAGUGCUUGGAGUGUGGGAAAAGCUUCAGUCAGAACUAUAAACUCUUGCAACAUAAAAGGAUUCACACGGGAGAGAAACCAUACACGUGCAAGGAAUGUGGGAAGAGUUUCAGCUGUAGCAGUGAUUUCAGUUGCCAUAAAAAGAUUCACACGGGGGAAAAACCCCAUAAAUGUCUAGAGUGCGGGAAGGGUUUUCAUAAAAGAAGUUGUCUUACAUCUCACAAAAGGAAGCACACAGGAGAGAAGCCCUAUCAAUGCACGGAGUGUGGGAAGAGAUUUUCUUAUAACUUUGUCCUCCGAUAUCACCAACAAACCCACACUGGGGAGAAGCCAUAUAAAUGCUUGAAGUGUGGAAAGGCGUUCAGUCGAUGUUCAAAUCUUAAAAUCCAUAUAAGAAUACACACGGGGGAAAAACCCUAUACCUGCCCGGAGUGCGGAAAGAGCUUCCGUAAGGACAGCGACUUUAUUCGUCAUAAAAGGAUCCACACGGGAGAAAAACCCUACAAAUGUUUGGACUGCGGGAAGGGCUUCACUCAGAACGCGAACCUUAUCAAACACAAAAGGAUUCACACGGGAGAGAAGCCGUACAAAUGCGCGGCGUGUGAAAAAAGCUUCAGCCAGAAAAAUCACCUUUCUCAACAUGAGCAGACCCACAAAAAAGAAAAAUCAUAA